AUGGGUUGGUGGUCUUCUCGUAGCCCUACUCUUCCGUUACGUCUGCUUCUUUCAUAUCUUUCUUCUUCUUGUUCUUCUAAAGUUACACAAUCACAUCCGCGAGCGAGUACUAUUGAAUUAUUCAAGAAUUCUGCAGAAGAUGAUGAUGGAUGCAAGUCAAGUAGCACAGGCAACUCCAUCAGUGUUGAGGAAGCGUUCCGCCGAUACCAUCUAUUGACACAUGAAUUCCUUGCAAAUACAGACCGAUAUCGCUACGCUAAGCAUCUUACUCAACUGUUUUGUGGGUUGAAAAGGCCAGAUUUGGGAUUCUCUGUUUUGGAGGUUAUCAUGAAACGUGGUUUUGAUCCAAAUAUUGUCACAUUGACUACCCUACUUAAGGGACUUUGCAUGGUGGAUAAAAUUGCAGAGGCCAAAGAGUUGUUCUACAGGAUACUCGAAGAAGGGUACCCUUGUAAUGAAAUCACGUAUGAAACCAUAAUCAAUGGGCUCUGCAAGACGGGAAACACUUGUGAGGCUCUUGAAUGCUUAAGGAGAUGGAACUCAAGGGUAAAUGUAAGCCUAAUAAAUGAGGCCCUGAAGCCUAAUGUUGUCACUUUCAAUUCUUUGAUUCAUGGCCUAUCCAAUUCUUGCCAAUGGGAAGAAGCCACUGGAUUGCUAAAUAAAAUGUUCGGACUAGGAGUCUCCCCUAAUGUCGUGACUUUCAGCAUUCUGAUAGAUGGUCUUUGCAAAGAUGGAAAGACUGUUGAAGCAUACAAGUUGUUUGAAUUGAUGUUUCAAAGAGGACAAAAACCUGAUGUUAUAACUUUCAGCUCUUUGAUUUGUGGCCUGUGCAAUUCUGGCCAAUGGGAAGAUGUCACUGGAUUGCUAAAUAAAAUGUUGGGACUAGGACUCUCUCCUAAUGCCGUGACUUUCAACAUUCUGAUAGAUAGUCUUUGCAAAGAAGGAAGGACCGUUGAAGCAUACAAGUUGUUUGAAUUGAUGUUUCAAAGAGGACUGAAACCUGAUGUUGUCACUUUCAGCUCUUUGAUUCAUGGCCUAUGCAAUUCUGGCCAAUGGGAAGAUGUUACUGGAUUGCUAAAUAAAAUGUUGGGACUUGGAGUCUCUCCCAAUGUCAUGACUUUCAACAUUCUGAUAGAUGGUCUUUGCAAAGACGGAAGGACUGUUGAAGCACACAAGUUGUUUGAAUUGAUACUUCAAAGAGGACUAAAGCCUGAUGUUGUCACUUUCAACUCUUUGAUUCAUGGCCUAUGCAAUUCUGGCCAAUCAGAAGAAGCCACUAGAUUGCUAAACAAAAUAUUAGGACUAGGAAUCUCUCCUGAUAUUGUGACCUUAAGUAUUUUGGUUUUUGGCGUGGGAAAUUCUGGCCCAUGGAAAGAAAUCACUAAAAUGUUGAAUGAAUUGUUGGAUUAAGGAAUCUCACAUGAUGUACUUACCUUCACUAUGUUGGUGGAUUCUUUUUACAAAUAACAAAUGAUGAUAUACUUUCAUGAGCUGUUAGAUCUUUUGGUUGAAAGAGGCAUUGAACCUAAAUACUUUAUGCAUAUGAUGCUUUGGUAAUUGGACUCU